CUGAAACAGUUUUUUCGUACACUUUUUUAGCGGCGUUUCUUUUGGCUGAGGAGAAAAAAACAUAAUUUGCAAAACUUUUUCACACUAUUUACAAUAUAAAAAAUGUUUAAACAAUAAAGAGAAUAAUGGAAUUUUGUUAACAACUCAAUAUUUCUAAAGAAAUGUAAGUGGAAACGAGUUGAAAAAGUGAACUUUCCGAUAAAAAGUUCAGCAAAGUUGAGAAAGAAAAAAACGAAACGACAAUUAUACUUGAGAAUUGAAGUGAAGCUGCAGCGAGCAGAAAAAAAAGAGAAAAAAGUAAAAUAAGGAAAAAAAUUGGAAAACUUAAGAAAUCUAUGAAAAAAAUUUUCUCCUUUUAAAACUUAUAGAGUGUGGACGGCAUUAAAAAAUUACCAUAUAAAUGGGCAAAGAAACAUCCACCAACGAUUUGGUCUGUCAUAAUACAAAUGAUGCUAAGAAAACUAUUGAGGAAAACAAGGAAAACUCUUUAAAAGAUAAAAAUUCCAUACAAAACGAUAACACCACAACAACAACAGCAGCAAAUAAAGGUAGCAAAUUGAAUACAAAUAAAACUGAGGAAGAGGUAUUGGAGGAUGAAAACAGUAACGACAGCAGCACAAGUAACGACACAAAAGCCACCACCAGCUCAACUAACAAUUCCUCCAGUACCUCAACAUCUAAGGAGACUACAAAGAGUAAAACUUCAUCAUUAGCUACGGACCAGUCAGCAGCUAAUAAAGAGCAGAAUACAGAAGAAAAAUCCGAUAAGCCAGAAGAACCACAAUUCCGCGUUGCCUCCAAUAAUAAUACGGGUUUUAAAUUACGUAUAGUACCUUUAGAGAAAUUACUCGAAAAGCCUAGAGAAAAAGAAGUAACUAAGGAAAAGAAACGCUCUAAUUCACCUGAGCUAAAGAAAAGAUUGGAAAAAACUGAAAGAUCUACAAGAUCCGCAAAACCUCCGUCAGAUAAAGCAGUUAGACGUUUACCCGAACGAUCUCGCAAACCUGUAUCUUUUGUGGAAAUCUCUGAAAGUGAAUCGGAGGAACUAGAUUCCGUUAAAGAAGGCAAAAGUGAGUCGGAUUCCUCAGAAGAAGAGAUACGGCCGCCUGUUAAAAGAGCAGCUAAAAAAGAAACUGCUGUUAAACGACAAACCUUAGCCCGCCCACCAUCUCCUUCCAGCGUUAGACGUUGUGUAGUGAAACUAAAACGUUGCACAUUAGCCGAUUUUAAGAAUCUUAAAUCCAAACACAACAAAAAAGCUAAAAUGAAUGGUGGUACCGAGAAGCCUUCGACUUCGGCUGCACGACGAAAACGUAUUUCAUCUGACAAUGAUGAUUCCGAUUUUGAAAUGAAACAAAGCGAUUCUGAUGAACGCAUUUCCGGCGCAGAGGAUAAUGCCGAGGAGCCCGACAGCCAAAGGGACAGUAGCGAUAGUGAGGUAAUACCUACACGCAAAAGACGUGUAUUCCAAAAAGGUAAAAAUUCCGAUAAUUCCGAUGAGGAUUUCGAACCUGACAACAAGAAAUCUAAAAAGAAACGACGACGAAUUCGUAAAAAUUCCAGCGAUGAGUCGGAUGAUGAUGACGAUGAUGAUGAAGAUGGAAAAAAGGACAAAGGCAAACGUAAAGACAUACGUAAAAUUAUAAAAACUUCCGAACUUAAUAUAAGCACCAAAACCGCCACCAAGGAAGAGGAAGAACGUCGCAAACGUAUCGAGGAACGUCAAAAACUGUAUAAUCAAAUCUAUGAGAAACCCGAAAGUGUGGAGGUAACCGAAUUGGUUUUAGAUUUUGACCCCGAAUCCAAGAAGACUUUACUAGAGGUGGACAAGGGUCUAAUGAAAAAACUUAAACCCCAUCAGGUAACAGGUGUAAAAUUUAUGUGGGAUGCUUGUUUUGAGACUAUAGAAGAUGCUCAAGAGAAACCCGGUUCGGGUUGUAUUUUGGCCCAUUGCAUGGGUCUGGGUAAAACUUGUCAAAUUGUCACUUUAUCUCACACUUUACUGGCGAAUUCCAAUAAAACCAAUGUCGAGCGUGUACUCAUCAUUUCCCCCCUGAGUACUCUCAAUAAUUGGGCUCGUGAAUUUAAAUAUUGGAUGGGUUUUACCCGUAAACGCAACAUUGAAAUUUACGACAUGUCCAAGUAUAAAGAUAAAAAUACAAGAAUUUUCAAAUUAAAUGAAUGGUUCGAAGAGGGCGGUGUCUGCAUUAUGGGUUACGAUAUGUAUCGUAUAUUAACCAAUGAAAAGGCCAAGGGUUUGCGUAAAAAACAACGUGAACAAUUACAACAGUCGCUGGUUGAACCGGGUCCCGAUCUAGUGGUCUGUGAUGAAGGUCAUUUGCUAAAGAAUGAAAAGACUUCGAUUAGUAAAGCUGUUACACGUAUGCGCACUAUGCGACGUAUUGUAUUGACCGGUACUCCACUGCAAAAUAAUCUCAAGGAAUACUAUUGUAUGAUUCAAUUUAUCAAACCCAAUCUCUUGGGUACUUACAAGGAAUAUCUCAACCGUUUCGUUAACCCCAUAAUGAAUGGUCAAUAUACAGACUCCACAGAACGUGAUAUACGUUUAAUGAAACAUCGUUCUCAUAUCUUGCAUCAACUGUUGCAGGGUUGUAUACAACGACGAGAUUAUUCGGUGCUGGCACCGUAUCUACCACCAAAACAUGAAUAUGUCGUCUACACCACUUUGUCUACACUGCAACAACUAUUGUAUGAACACUAUAUGACACACCAACGUGAUAUUGGCAGUUCCAUAUCCGAGGGUAAAGGAGCUCGUCUUUUCCAAGAUUUUCAAGAAUUAAGACGCAUAUGGACACAUCCCAUGAAUAUGCGCAUUAACAGUGAUUCAGUUAUUCGCAAAAAAGUAUUAGCUAAUGAUAAUGAUUCAUUGGACGAUUUCAUUGACGACAAUGAUGAUGACGAAGAAGAAGCAGCUGGUGGUGGUGGUUCUUCCUCAGACACUUCAGUAGAUUCGUCAAAAUCAUUUGGUAGUGGUGGUGGUGGUGGAGGAGUUGGUGCCGGAGCCUCAUCAAAGUCUCGCAAGACUAGAAAUUAUCGUCGCAAUAAUGCUGGCGAUGAAAAUGAUAGUGAUAUAGAGGAAGUGGCACCGACACAGCAAGAUGAUCCCUCUGAAUGGUGGAAACGUUUUGUGGCCGAUAGAGAACUCAAUAAUAUCAAUCAUUCCCCCAAAUUGGUUAUACUAAUGAAACUAUUGCAGCAAUGUGAGCAAAUUGGCGAUAAACUAUUGGUUUUCUCACAAUCGCUGCAGAGUUUGGACACAAUUGAACAUUUUCUAUCGUUGAUUGAUAGUAAAACUCGAGGUUAUGAAUAUGAAGGUGAUGUCGGCGAGUUCACUGGCUUUUGGAGUUCCGGUACAGAUUACUUCCGUUUAGACGGCUCGUGUUCGGUGGAGCAACGUGAAUCCAUGUGCAAGAAAUUCAAUGAUCCUACUAACUUAAGAGCUCGUUUAUUUCUAAUUUCGACACGAGCCGGCGGUUUGGGCAUAAAUUUAGUUUCUGCCAAUCGUGUAGUUAUAUUCGAUGUCUCCUGGAAUCCUUCCCACGACACCCAAAGUAUUUUCCGUGUUUAUCGUUUUGGCCAAGUGAAACCUUGCUACAUAUAUCGUCUCAUUGCAAUGGGCACCAUGGAACAGAAGUUAUACGAACGUCAAGUGGCUAAACAGGCUACAGCCAAGCGGGUUAUUGAUGAACAGCAAAUAUCACGUCAUUAUAAUCAAUCGGAUUUACAGGAACUCUACACAUAUGAAUUGGAACCUAGUGUGCCACGAGAAAUACCACUUUUGCCCAAGGAUCGUUUGUUUGCCGAACUAUUGUCGGAACAUGAAAAAUUGCUGUUCAAAUAUCACGAACAUGACUCUUUGCUCGAAAACGAAGAAAGUGAAAAUCUUAGCGAAUCGGAACGUAAAGAGGCCUGGUCUGAAUUCGAAGCUGAGAAGACGCGUACCGUACAGACCGCACAGUUUAUGUCUUAUGAUCGUAGCGCUUAUGGCGGCCAAUAUGGCAAUGCCUCGGGUAGUGUUACUUCCAAUAAAAUAUUCGGUUUUCGUUCGGAUGUACUACUACAAUUGCUUAACAUGAAAAUUGCUAAGGAUCAUCCUGAAAUGACACAAAAUCAAGUUAUACAAGUAGUACCAACAUAUUUGAAUACAUUGUACAGCCAAAUGAACAGUGGGGAUCCUACUAUGUAUAAGGAUCUUUUGUCAUUGCAUGCCACUCUGGCCCAUCCGAGUGGCAUGUACAUGAAUCCGUUAUUAUAUGUUAAUCAAAAUCCACAGGCGGCUGGCUAUUUUCAGGGUCAGACAGCCAAUGGAGUUGUGGGUGGUAGUGGUGUUGGUGCUGGUCCUGGUGUGGGUGGUGUACAAAUUGUUCCCAAUCCAGCGGCUCAAGCUAUGGGUGCUGCCCCGCCAAGACCAGCACCUGGUUUCGAUCCGAAUGAGGUUUACGAAAUUGAUUAAGUUUAUAAAUAAUGUUGUAAUCUUUACUUACACAACAUUUAAUUUCCUCGACCCACUAUAUCGUAUAUAUACACACACACAUAAACAUACAUAUAUAAUUUGUAGACUAGGAGACUUUAUAAUUAUUAUUUUUUACGAUAAUUUAGCCCAUUCUUUGUUUAAUACAUUACUGUUUUAAACCUCCAGCCCAAAACAAUAUAUUACGAUUUUCAAAGAUUUUCCCCUCUUCUGUUUCAUUUCUUUGUGUUAAAUUUUAUCUUUUUAGUUUUUCCUCCUUCCCCGUUUUGCUAAAAAGAAGUUUUAGAAAGUUUAUAUUUUUGUAAAUUAUUCUUUAAACUAUUGAUUGAUCUCCCCCAAAACAUAGUUUUAAAAUUUAUUUAAAAUUCAAUUAAAACAAACAACCUUAUCUCUUCUUACUCCUAAAACCUUUUCCCUUUACACAUUUUUGUACUUUCAUUUCCAAUUUGAUAAGUUGAUUUAGACGCUAUUUAACAAAAAAAAAAAACAUUAUUUUUUAUUUUUAUAUACAAUUAUUUUGUUUGUUAAAGAGAGCAGAGAUUAAAACUCUUUAAAUCAAAUUUAAGUUAAUUACUGUUUAUUGAAGCUAAAUAUACAUAAUUUUUAAUUUAAUUUUAAUUUAACAAAAUACACACAACCAACCCCCUACACUUUAUUAAUAAUAAUUAAUGAAUAUUACUUUACUUUAAUAUAACUUUUAACUUAUACAAAAAAACAUUAAAUACAAAAAAGGAUAUUUAAAAAAUCUUUGGUUUAGUUCCCUAUUUAAUAAGUUUAAUAAAAAAUAAAUAAAAACAACAACAAAAACAUAAAAUGAAAAAUCUUAUAAAAUAAAACUAAUAAUCCCUCAAAACACACACUCCUCUAUAUCAGUAAAGAAAAAACACACAAUUUAAAAAUAUUUUUAAACUUAUAAAUUAAUUAUAAACAAACAAAAAAUAAAUAAUUAAUAAAAAACACACACACAAUAAAAAACUCCCCAUAUAAAACAAACACCAG